GGGGUCUGUGUACAGAGGCCUGGGAGCGUAUCGGAUUUUCCUGGGAUAGCUGUGGAAUCUCAUGCUGUCAUUUCAGAAAGGAAAAGGGAGGAACUUGCCAGCAGCAGGAUGUGGAUCAGCUCCCAUGUGAAAAGCUGCAGGGUGGGCUUCUGAUUUAGCAUACGGUCUAGGGAUAUUACUAUUGCAUAGGGAGCCUAAUCUAUACAGAAAAUAUAUAGCAACGAUAUAUUUCACUUUAUCUUAAGUUAGUUUUUAUUAGGGUAGUGCAGACAAGUGCGAAUAUUUCGUUUAUUUAUGUCCACAAGGUAACAGAACUGAAGUAUUAGACACUAAUUGGUAUUUUCUUGUAAAAGUGAGUGGGGCAUUUUCAUGUAUACAUUUAAGAUUGUUUUGACUAAGAUUGGGUUCUUCCUAUGUUUAAAUGAGUGUAAUGUUUAUGGAGGUAAUUAAUACAAUUUGCUACAUUUUGUGACAGAUAAUUUGCAUAUAAAUUGUAUCUGGGUCAAGUCAUCAGUAUAGCAUAAGGAUAUGUAAAGUGGGUAAUGGAGGGUAAGUGCUUUACGGUGGACUUUGGGUGGAAGAUUAUUGGUCCCUUCACUUUGAUAUACCACUGAAUGGGAGAUAUAGGCAAAUCCUCCAGAAUGGCACAUCUGCGAGAUUCAGCACCCCAGAGCUCAAGGAUGGAUCCAGAGCGUCUUUUCACUAAACUGGAGAGAAUUGGGAAGGGCUCAUUUGGAGAAGUGUACAAGGGCAUUGAGAACCGCAGCAAAGAGGUGGUGGCUAUUAAGAUCAUAGACCUGGAGGAGGCAGAAGAUGAGAUAGAGGACAUACAACAAGAGAUCACUGUGCUCAGCCAGUGUGAUAGUCCAUACAUUACCAGAUAUUAUGGCUCCUAUCUGAAGGGAUCGAAGCUAUGGAUUAUAAUGGAGUAUUUGGGUGGAGGUUCUGCACUAGAUCUGCUGAAACCAGGACCCCUUGAAGAGUCCUUUAUUGCUACUAUCUUGCGUGAAAUACUAAAAGGCCUGGAUUACCUUCACUCUGAGAGAAAGAUCCACCGAGAUAUCAAAGCUGCAAAUGUCCUGCUGUCAGAGCUGGGGGAUGUAAAGCUGGCAGAUUUUGGGGUAGCCGGUCAACUGACAGACACACAGAUUAAAAGAAAUACAUUUGUGGGGACUCCCUUCUGGAUGGCACCGGAAGUCAUUAAACAGUCAGCCUACGACUUCAAGGCUGACAUCUGGUCACUUGGAAUCACAGCCAUUGAACUGGCAAAAGGAGAGCCCCCAUAUUCUGACCUUCACCCCAUGAGGGUCUUGUUUCUGAUUCCCAAAAACAACCCUCCAACUCUUCAAGGCCAGUACAGCAAACCCUUCAAAGAUUUUGUUGAGGCAUGUCUAAACAAGGACCCCAGAUCUAGGCCCACUGCACGGGAGUUGUUGAAGCAUCGGUUCAUUUUGAGAUACAAUAAAAAAACGUCCUUUCUUAUGGAGCUGGUGGAACGAUAUAGACGAUGGAAAUCACAGGGUCACCGUGAGGAUUCUAGCUCGGAUGAAUCUGAUUUGGACAAUGAAGACGACCGAAACCAGAACCAGAUGCCCACGUGGUCCUUCCCAGAAACCAUUCGCCUUUCAUCUUUGAGCAAAAUGCAAUGGGGAUAUCAGAAGCCACAGGAAGCGAUUCAGCGUCUGCCAAGAUCACGCUGCUUAUCCGCAUUAGUUGCACCUGUCUUUCAGGAGCUGAGGGAGCAGCGCUCUGCUGGUGCUUUCGGAUCUAUGCAGGAGCUUGAAAAUGCCUUCAGUUUGGCUGAGGAAUCAAGUCCAGGAAUCACAGACCAGCUCAUAGCUCAUCUAGUUCAACGUGUGCAGAGGUUCUCCUCUGCACGAUGAAGAAUCCAUUGGUGCUCAAUUAAACUUUAUCUCAUACCCCAGGGUGUUAUGGGACUAUACUGUGACACGGGGGCAUCCAGAAAACAGCAUUGCAUAAGAAAUGUAUUCAUUAUUUUGCUUAGGAAUUUUGUAAUAUAAAUUUUUCUCAUGAGCCAGUACCUAUGUAAAAAUAAACUGACAUUUCAUACAUAAAAAA